AUGGGCCAGCUGCCGAGACUCGUGCUUUUGCCCCAGCUUGUGAUGAUCUCCACAGCCCAACCUCCGUGGCUGGAGCAGCUUGUGAUGUGCAACCUGCACUGGCCUUUGCGGCACGUGCAGGUUGUCGACUCAAAACUCAUGGUCCAGAACGCGAAGGAGCCUCCUCGACCUGUCGUUCCGAGUCGGUUCGGCGCAUCCAUUACUUUCAGCAUCUUGGAUACAAGCUCCUUGUGCGGCUACAUGGCUGGCCAAGGGUAUUUCUCACAAGAUGUGGGUCGGGAAGUGUUACGAAUCGAGACGAUUCGGCCCUUUCCGCGCAAGAUGAUGUUCAAGGCUACGAACCUCACAAUGCUAAGCAUUGGACGUGAAGGGAGCAGCAGCUUCAACCAGAGUCUCUGCGCUGAUGGCAAUCGCCCUGUCGAGCUGAACAUCACCACGAGUCAAAAGAAGGUUGAAGGGAUCGAGACCAAGUACAUAAGUUAUCGGUUUAUGGGCAUCGAGCAGGUGGACACCAUGCCUGACAAGCUGGCCUGUGAUGUUUUUUGCAAGAGCUCUAAGUCGGUAGCCCUGGAUGCUUACGUCUUCCAUCCGAGCAGCCCAGCAAGCUACAGCAUCGAGGACCAAGAUGUCAGUGAUUUGCUGGGCGAUGCACUGUACAUCUGCAUGGACGGCUUGCAGAACCAUUCCUCUUUCACUGAUCACGACUAUUCUCUGGUCUCUCGGUACUCACUCCGAAUCUCCUCUGCGUUCGGACAGUACGCGCUGUGUAAUGGCUACCCUGACACGACUCCACCAGAGCCAGUCUGCAGAGGAGGAGAUGUGCGGGAGAGAGGUUGCACGUGGUCAAUUCUCAAGCGCCUCAAGACCAUCAGCAAAGCAUGCUUGUUGCACGACCACGGCUUCCUCUCGCACUGCAGCGCAGAUCUUGCGCAAGGACGGGAGGUUGUCCGGAUGUCGGAGGACCGAACCAACUGUGAUGUGGGUGAAUCUCAGGGCAAGAGCAUCGGCUAG